AUGGCUAACUGGUCGUCCACGGCGUACGAGUACCUAAAGAAAACAGCGUUUACUAAUUGGUCAUAUAACGAUUUCUUGCAACAUGCGCGCAUGCAAUAUCCGUUGGUGUCGCCUUCCGAUAGCAACGCCGUCGAGGAAGGAUGGUUACGGGCACUUCAGACAAUUACUGAAGAAACGAGCGCUAAGAGUCGUCCUGCGAACAAGGCAAGAAAACUCGCAAGUACCCUCGAUGCUGUGAAAAAUUCCGAUAUGGUACAAGCCUUUUGGUUGGCACAAGAAGCUACUGCCAAAGAGGUCCUACUGGUCCUGAAGGCCGAAGCUGAAGGGAUAAAUACUCUACGGGUCGUCUUAGAUAAAAAAACAACUGAUAUCAAAAGGAAGCUCGGGAACGAACCCGGACAUUGUGAUAACCCGCCGAUUAGAAAAAAGCCCCGUUUACCUCAGAAUGACGGAAACAUUAUUGAGGAUGAUCUCGACAAUGAGAUCGAAAACGAUGUGAAGCUUCAAGAUCACGAAGAAGAAAUCUCGGAAGGCGAAACUCAGAUUUCGACCGAUCAUGUUUGCAACUGGAUUUUAUCAACCGGGAAAGAUGUCAGAGAGGUGUUGACCACAUAUCGCAGGAGCAUUCCUGCUUCAAAGGCACACUUAUACCCAGCAUAUUUCGGAAUCUUGGAUCUUUCUGGCGAAGAUGUAGAAGUGAAGAACCUGUUCACAAGCGAUGAAUGGGGUGAAAUGAUCCAGGAUUUUCAGCAGAAUGUUCAAUUAAGCGAUUUGAAAGAAGAGCAUGAACGGCCUUUAUACGAACUUAUGGAUAGAAUUACUGAGAUGCUGAAUAAAAACCCUCCUGAUUUGAUUACCGCUAUUGAAGGCUGCGCUGUUGAAGUACAACGCCUACGUUUACCGAUGUCUGAAGCUGCGUUCGGCAGUAAUUUUACGAAUCUUAUGACCAAAGGGAUCCUGACAUUCGAUCAGAUUUAUCACUACGAGGAAGGAGAGAUCCAGAGUCUAGGCUCAGCAAUGAUCUCCAACCUCAAAGCGAAUCCGACCAACAGAAGCUUAAUUGGCCAGAAACUGGAUUUUCGAAUCAGCAAAGAUCGCUUUGAAGGGCUUAUUGGAUUGAGGUCAGGCGGUCUUCCUCCGUCACCAAAAAGUAAAAAAUGGUCAGAUAAAGUUGAUCUCUCAGUCACAUUACGAGAUGCCUUGCUAACUGAGGGAAUAGAGAACAAUGGCAUAGCUCUUGACCUGUUUCGUAAACUUUACAUUCUUGGCGUUCACACAUAUGAUUACAAUUAUAAUGUCUACGCAUUGGAUUGGAAAGUGAGAGAAGUUUGGCGGUUAGGUCUAUUAAAGAAUGUUAAGUUGCCUUUAUCGAUCGACGAGUUACCAGUGAUUGAAAAAUUCAUUACAACCUUAAUGCGUAUCGAG